AUGUGUCACCCAGGUUUGCCUUUAGUUAGCCAAAGGAACUUGGUGGUGUAUCAAAGAUGGCUCGUUGUGCAAGCAGUUGAGACAGAAACCGCACAUGCACGAACAGAGGUGGCUGCUGGUGGCGGCAGUGCUAUUGCUUGCUCGAUAAAGCAGUGUUUGUGUUCACCCACAAGGCACCCCGGAUCCUUCAGGUGCAAGCACCACCGUUCUGAUUAUGUGUGGCGUGGGAGAAUAAGAAGAAAGAAGCAACUCCUUGAAAGGUCCGAUUUUCACACUGGGUUACGUCGAGAAACAUUAUUUAGUGGAGUAACAGAACCAACAGGCAUAGAAACAUGA